CCUUUUGCUUCAAAAUUAAAUCCCAGAUGGAGGGAAAACUCAAGGCUGAAAACGAAGAAGAAGAUAUAUUUUAUUCUCCCGAAAGAAUUCAAGAGAAACACGAAAUAAACGGAUGCAACGACGACGACGAGGAGAAGCGAAAGCUUGGCCGUUUGAGAGCCACACUCGAAAAGCAAGAUCCAGCUUGUAAGGAAAUAGAUGAUCAAGCAUUGAGACGUUUUCUCCGUGCACGUGAUCUCGAUGUGGAGAAAGCAUCUACAAUGUUCAUCAAGUACUUGGCUUGGAGGCGAAGUUUCGUCCCGAAUGGCUCGAUUUCAUUAUCGGAGAUCAAAAAUCAUAUGGGACAAAAUAAAAUGUUUAUGCAAGGAAUGGAUAAAAAAGGGCGUCCAAUCGCAGUUUUCUUUGGCGGUAGACAUUUUGCCACUAAAGGAGGAACCGACGAACUCAAACGUGCUGUGGUGUUUGUUUUGGACAAAUUAUGUUCAAGGAUGCCCGAUGGACAAGAAAAGUUCACAGUUAUUGCCGAUCUGAAAGGCUACGGUUAUGCUAACAGCGAUGUUCGUGGAUGCCUAGCAGCACUCUCGACUUUACAGGAUUACUACCCCGAAAGACUCGGGAAAUUGUUCUUCAUCCACGUACCUUACAUCUUCUCCACGCUGUGGAAGAUUGUUUAUCCGUUUAUCGACAAAAAUACUAAGAAGAAGGUCAUAUUUAUCGAAAACAAGAGACUGCAUGCAACUCUGCUUGAAGAGAUAAAUGAAAGCCAGCUUCCCGAGAUUUACGGAGGAAAAUUGAAGCUAGUUCCAAUUCAAGAUGCCUAGUUGCAAGGUUACUACAACACACAUAAUUAACGGGGAAAUAAGGCCGUUUAUUCCCGAUAUGAGAUGAAAAAAUGAUAUUUUAUUAUACCAUAUUUGUAACAUCUACAUGAAUAAAACGUUUGAUUCAUUCAGGAAUUUUGUAUUGCGUUUGGUGCUGCAUCUCGCGUUUCGUUUUACUAAUACGUGCAAAUGUAUAUGCGACGCGACACGAUGAAGAGAUACUACGCAAGGUAACAAUACUACAAUCGUGUUUGUUACAAUGUUCGUAACAGUACUAUUCAAAUCUACAAGACUAGUUGCGAAAUCCUACGAUUUCACGAUCCGAUUUUGCAAUCUCGACUUUGAUAAUCGACAGAGGGUCUUGAUUUUG